ACUACUAAGCAUCCUAUGAGAAACACCUUAAUUACCUCAGCAGCAUAGAAAAUGAUGGUCAAGUCCACAGGCACCACCGCCAUUUUUGCUCUCCUAAUUAUCCUCCUCUUCCUUCCAAACUCUUAUUCCUUCAAUAUACUCAGAGAUUUCGCCAUAAAAGUUCCAGAAUCAGAUGUUGAUCUUCUAGAAUUCCCUCUGAAUUUGGAGUUCCUGGAAGCUGAAUUCUUCUUGUAUGGCUCUUUGGGUUAUGGUUUGGACAAAGUUGCUCCAAAUCUAACCAAAGGAGGUCCACCACCCAUUGGUGGAAAAUUUGCCAAUCUUGAUCAUUUCACCAGGGAUAUCAUCCUUCAAUUUGCUUUGCAAGAAGUUGGGCACUUGAGGGCUAUUCAAAGCACAGUGAAAGGAUUCCCAAGGCCACUGUUGGAUAUAAGUGCAACAUCAUUUGCAAAAGUGAUAGAUUCUGCAUUAGGAAGAAAACUGAAUCCUCCUUUUGAUCCUUACUCUAAUAGCCUCAACUACCUCCUUGCUUCCUAUUUAGUUCCAUACGUAGGACUCACCGGCUAUGUUGGAGCAAAUCCUAAACUCCGAGGUUCUGCUUCCAAAAGGCUGGUAGCAGGACUUUUAGGAGUAGAAUCAGGCCAAGAUGCUGUUAUCAGAGCACUGCUAUAUGAGCAUGCAUUGGAGAGAGUAGAGCCUUAUGGAAUAACAGUGGCUGAGUUUACAGAUCAAAUUUCAAAGCUGAGAGAUAAGCUUGGACGUGAUGGUGUCAAAGAUGAAGGGCUUGUGGUUCCACCUGUAAGAGGAGCUGAGGGGAAAAUCUCUGGAAAUGUGCUUGCAGGAGACAAGAACUCAUUAGCUUUUGAUAGGACUCCUGAGCAGAUACUUAGAAUUGUGUAUGGAAGUGGUAAUGAACAUAUUCCUGGAGGUUUCUAUCCAAAGGGAGCUAAUGGUCGCAUUGCCAGAUCCCAUUUACACAAUGCCUAAAAGCUUAUAUAUCCUAGUAGUAGAUAUAUGCCAAAAAGUUUCUGUAUUUCAAUCCAAAUAAUUAUCAUGAUCUAAAUUCCAAGUU